GACGAGCGGACGCGAAUUUAUAAGUCGGUUAAACGUGAAUGGAAUCGUGAAUAGUCUCACCUGUUUUAUAUUAUCAUUGUGUGAUUCUUUUUUCUUUAAUUUUUUUCUAUUUUUAAAUUCAAUAAUUUUUGUUUUUGUAAAUAUUAUGAACAUGUCGAUGAUUAUUUGUUUGAAGAUUUAAUGACUGUUGACCUCUGGAUAUUAUAUAUGGCAAUGUAAAUUUUUAGCUUUGAUAAAAGCUAUAAUUUGAACAAUUAUUUCUGUGUGAUAUACAUUAACUGGUGUGCAUUGGAAUAUCUAGAAUAUAUCGUAAAAAGUUAUCAGAAUAUAAUUGAAGAAGAGAAGUGAAAAAGCACAACAAUUAUUAGAAUGUUAUUUUAAGUGGCUCUGUGGUGUUUCCAAUUUGCAAUUCAAAAUUAUACCUUAUACCUAGGCAAUAUUAAGUCAUAAUGAAGUUUUCCGAUGUGGAUAUAGAGAAAAACGCGACUGCUGAUGAAUAUCGACAUACAAACACCAAUAAAACGAUCAGCUGUACGAACAACAAUAACAGCAACAGCAACAACAACAAUCAUACAAGUUUUCAAUUGAAUGACGACUACAACUUCACAUUACCAACGAAGAAAGACAGCAAACAGGCUGAAACAGUGAAGAGCAGAAAAUCAGUCGCUUGCCGUGUAUCUGUUGUAUUAGUCAGUUGUUUUUUGGUGAUAUUUACUUUAAGUACAGUGACUUUAGUGUGGUAUUACAUGGGUUGGAUUUAUGGAGUGCAAGCCAUUGUGGUGGCAAUAAUUGCUGUGUUAGGAGCAUCGGGCAUAUGGAGACUGUUCGGCCAUUGGCUCUAUAUUGCGGCGGUUACUGGACCCAGAGAUGUACGCGCACUUCUGAGAUAUUUGAAAUUAGUUGUACUGGUGAAACGUUACCAACGCAAAAAUGUUACCAUCGGUGAUGUCUUCGUUAAUCUCGUCACGAAACAUCCGAACAAAAUUUGCUUCGUUUUCGAAGAUAGGGAGUGGACAUUUAAUGAGGUGAAUGAAUUUUCCAACCGUAUUGCACAUCAUUUCCACAGCAAAGGCUUCAAAGCUGGUGACAUUGUCGGCCUUUUUAUGGAAAAUCGUCCCGAAUUCGUGUGCAUAUGGCUUGGAUUGUCCAAAAUUGGUGUUAUCGUUCCUCUCAUCAACACAAACCUCCGAUUAGCUUCUCUACUGCAUAGCAUUACAGUAGCCAACUGCAAUGCACUCAUCUUUGGCAGUUCGUUAACAUCGGCCGUUGAUGAAAUUACGCUUCCGUCGUCGGUGGGCUUGUAUCAGUUCAAUGACAAACCGAAUGAGACUGUUAAAGAAAAUGCGCUAGAUUUGCUGGCAGUCAUGAAAUCGGCUUCCGCUGAUAACAUUGUCAACAGAGAUAAUCAGACCAGACAUCACAAUAAAUUGUUGUACAUCUACACGUCGGGUACUACGGGACUGCCGAAAGCUGCCGUUAUAUCACAUUCCAGAUUCAUUUUCAUUGCGGCCGGCAUUCACUAUGUGGCGGCCUUUAGUGAUGACGAUGUAUUCUACACUCCACUGCCAUUGUAUCACACAGCUGGUGGUGUUAUGAGCAUAGGACAAGCGCUGUUAUUCGGAAGCACCGUUGUCAUUCGAAAGAAGUUUUCAGCAUCCGGCUACUUCUCGGACUGUCAAAAGUACAAUUGCACUGUAUCUCAAUACAUCGGCGAAAUGUGUCGUUACAUUUUGGCCACGCCACAAUCGUCAACCGACAAAGGACAUAAAAUUCGAACGAUUUUUGGCAACGGACUACGACCACAAAUAUGGAAACCAUUCGUCGAUCGUUUCAAUAUACCGAAUGUUGCUGAGUUCUACGGUGCUACUGAAGGGAAUGCGAAUAUUGUAAAUAUCGACAACAAAGUCGGGGCUAUUGGGUUUGUGUCAAGAAUACUGCCGUCUGUGUAUCCAAUUAGUAUUAUAAGAGCGGAUCAGAACACAGGGGAACCGAUCAGAGGACCGGAUGGAUUGUGUCAGCUAUGCCGACCGAACGAGCCUGGCGUAUUCAUUGGAAAGAUUAUUCCGAACAAUCCUAGCAGAGCAUUUUUAGGCUAUGUCGAUGAGAAGGCAUCAUCCAAGAAGGUGGUGCGAGAUGUGUUCAAGAAAGGAGACUCGGCAUUCUUGUCUGGCGACGUACUGGUGUCAGACGAGCGUGGAUACCUUUUCUUCAUUGACAGGACUGGAGAUACGUUCCGAUGGAAGGGCGAGAACGUUUCAACCAGUGAAGUAGAGGCCCAAGUCAGCAAUGUUGCCGGCUAUAGAGAUUGUGUUGUUUAUGGUGUUGAGAUACCAAAUCUGGAAGGACGUGCCGGCAUGGCAGCUAUUUUGGAUGCAGAGAAAACGGUUGAUUUAACUGAUUUGGCCGAUGGUUUGAAGAAAGUUUUACCGUCUUAUGCACGGCCGCAGUUCAUUCGACUGCUAACAAAAGUCGAUAUGACUGGUACAUUUAAAUUAAAGAAAUUAGACUUGCAGAAACAAGGAUUCGAUCCGAGUGCGAUAGACGACAAAUUGUAUUAUUUAACAUCGAAGGGGACAUACUCAAUUUUAGAUAGAAAUGUUUACGAGCAAAUCAACAGAGGAGAAUUACGAUUUUAGAAUUUUUAUAAGAACCAAGCAGAAGAUUGAAUAGAUUUUAAGCUGUUUUUUUAAUUAA